AUGGCCCCCGUCAGGGUCACCGAGUGGCGCAAGUUGCCACUGAGCCUCACAGAGCUUUGUAUCGAUACAACACUGCGCUGCGGCCAAUCCUUUCGAUGGCGGAAGAUCAAUGACGAAUGGUGCUGCACGCUGCAUGGCCGAAUCAUCUCACUGAAGCAAGACCCGACUCACCUUCACUACCGCUCAAUCUGGCCCGCCGCAGCCCAGCGACCCCAAACCGCACCAACCGUGAAGACGGAGUCUUCAGAGGACGACACGGAGGAGCUGCUCAAGCACUAUCUCAGCUUGAAGCUGGACCUGACGAGCUUGUAUGAGCAGUGGUCAGAAGCGGACGCCAAUUUCCGCAAGAGGGCACCCAAGUUUGGAGGUGUCCGCAUGCUGAGCCAGGAUGCGUGGGAGGCCCUAAUCAGCUUCAUAUGCAGCAGCAACAACAACAUAUCCAGGAUAUCACAAAUGGUACACAAACUCUGUCUGCAUUAUGGCCCGCUCAUCGGGCACAUCAACGAGGAGCCUUUCCACGAUUUCCCCACGCCGGAUGCCCUGACGGGCAAGCAGGUCGAGUCGCACCUCCGCGAGCUCGGUUUCGGCUAUCGCGCCAAGUACAUCGCCGAGACGGCACGUGUCGUUUCCUCGGAGAAGCCCAAGGGGUGGCUGGCAAGCCUGGCGAACCCAGCGAACCCAAAUAUCCGCGCCGCAUCCGAGGCCGAGGACGAGAAGAUCGUGUCACCACCGACGUACAAGGAGGCACACGAGGCGCUGCUCGCCCUCGCUGGCGUGGGUCCCAAGGUGGCAGACUGCGUGUGUCUCAUGGGCCUUGGGUGGGGGGAGGCUGUGCCUGUGGACACGCACGUGUGGCAGAUUGCGCAGAGGGACUACAAGUUUGGCAAGAGCAGGACGAAGACGUUCAGCAAGGCCAUGUACGAUGCGGUGGGAGAUCACUUUCGGCAGCUGUGGGGGGAGUAUGCGGGGUGGGCGCAUUCCGUCUUGUUCACGGCCGAUCUCAAGACGUUUGAAGGGAGGGUGGCUAAGAAAGAAGAGGAGGAAGUGUUGGCUGUGAAGGGAGAGGCUGGCGAGGAUGCGAUUGUAAAGAUUAAGCGGGAAGUCGUGGAAGAUGAGGCGUCCCCGCCUUUGACGGGAAAGAAGCGCAAGACUGUCCAGACGAAGGUCAAGAUUGAGGUUGAGGAAGCGGCAGAUGCACACCCAAAACGGAGGAGGACUCGGUCUCAGAAGGCACUGUGA